AAUGACAUUUGACAGAGUGUAAAUGUUAAACAAUAUUUUUGAGAAAUUGUAAAUUGGUGUUUUGCAAUAAAAUGAAUUCGACAAGUUUGUACGUGACGACGAACCAAAUAAUCUUGAAGUCAAAUCCGAAUAACGCAACCACUUGGCAGGAUUUGUAUCGUCUAGUGCCGUACUUGCGGAAUUCUUUAUGUUGUGUUGUUUGUGGAAAUUUGUUAGUGGACCCUUUAACUCCAAGUGUAGGCCGUUGUCAGCACCACCUUUGUAGAAGAUGUAUCGGGGGACGUAAAAAAAUAAAGCCGGCAUGUCCGUGGUGCAAAGAUUGUAGUGAUUACACCGACAAUAAAAAGUUACGAAUUCUCCUCCAGUGUUACAAGAAAAUGUGUAUAGCUUUAGUGAAGUCGGGUAUAUUUAAAAAAUUGUUGGAACAGGCGUCGAAAACACAGACUGCGACGGGGGUUGAGCGAGGUGCGGGGAAUUUAAUAGCGUUGAUAAAGGAGGGUGCAGCCUUUCAGGACGACUAUGAAAGUAAAGGGGGGCUGCCGAAAUCAACCUACAGCAUCCUACCCUGCGUCUACACAAACUCCUCCACACAAACACUCCAAUUGUCAAACGUAAACAAUUCUAAAAACGUUAUUAACUCUGAUUUAAACAAGAAUAGGACUUCCUUAUACUCAGUUAUGUACGCUGGUACUGGAAAUAAAAUCACCAUUAAGCGAAAAUCAAAGGAAAUAACCGAAAGUAAACCAAAGACACUCCAAGUCAAAAAAGACCUGAGCGAAAAGUCAGUUUUUAAGAAACCACCAGCUAAAUGUUCAACAAAGCCAAAAAGGGGUUGCAGAUGUGGUAACGCGACUUUAACACCUGGAAAAUUGACAUGUUGUGGGCAAAGGUGCCCCUGUUAUGUUGACAGCAAAGCCUGUGUUGAAUGUAAGUGCAGAGGUUGUCGAAACCCACACAGACCAGAUGGAAAUAAAGUCAGGCCUCUUGUACCUCAAAUGCAACAAGUACAAUAUCAAUUACCUCAAAAUUGCUCGCAACCAGUCAUAGAACAACAAUUAUUAUCUAAUCUCGAGAUAGAAAAUUUCAAAGUGGAUUCCCAACGCACGUAUGACCGACGCCUCAACCAACCACACACCACAUACAAUGAUGAGGCCGACGACGAUGAUGAGAUUUUGAACGAAGACUCGGAAAUCGUGGUGGAUGUUUGACCUUUGAAACUUGUUCAAAUUUUUCUCACCUAACGUCUAGUUUAUUUGCUCGAAAUAGUAAAAUAUUUUUGUAUUUAAUACAGCAAUAUGUCCGAACAUUCAAAGUCUCUAGAUUUAUAGGAGAGAGAUGGACUGCUGCUUAAUUUCUCAUUUCUAAGUUUAUAGAUGACAUUUGUGCAAAUAAAUUGUCAU